CCUGAUGAGAUUUGCCUUCAUGGUCGCCAACAACCUGGUUGCCAUCCCAUCUUACAUCUGCUAUGUGAUCCUCCUGCAGCCCCUCCGAGUGCUGGACAGUAAGCGCUUCUGGUACAUCGAAGGACUCAUGUACAAAUGGCUUUUAGGAAUGGUGGCUUCCUGGGGCUGGUAUGCUGGGUACACAGUGAUGGAAUGGGGGGAAGAUAUUAAAGCAAUUUCUAAUGACGAAGCAGUGAUGCUGGUGAACCACCAGGCCACAGGAGAUGUGUGUACAUUGAUGAUGUGCCUACAGGACAAAGGGCCGGUUGUGGCUCAGAUGAUGUGGCUGAUGGAUCAUAUUUUCAAGUAUACAAACUUUGGAAUUGUUUCCCUGAUUCAUGGGGACUUCUUUAUAAGACAGGGAAGAUCCUACCGUGACCAACAGCUGCUGGUUCUCAAGAAGCACCUAGAACAGAAUUACAGGAGCAGAGAUCGAAAGUGGAUUGUUCUAUUUCCUGAAGGGGGCUUCCUCAGGAAGAGGAGAGAAACAAGCCAGGCAUUUGCCAAGAAAAAUAACUUGCCAUUUCUUACACAUGUCACUUUGCCAAGGUUUGGGGCAACAAACAUUAUCCUGAAUGCCCUUGUUGCUCGGCAGGAAAAUGGAAGCCCAGCAGGAGGAGACGCUAGAGGUUUAAGGUGCAAACCAGGAGGCCUCCAGUGGAUAAUAGACACAACCAUAGCUUAUCCCAAUGCUGAGCCAGUAGAUAUUCAGACCUGGAUCCUUGGGUACAGGAAACCAACAGUCACUCAUGUCCAUUACAGGAUUUUUCCAAUUAAAGAUGUGCCCCUGGAGACGGAUGACCUCACCAGCUGGCUCUACCAGCGGUUUAUUGAAAAGGAGGACCUCUUGUCACACUUCUAUAAGACAGGAGCCUUUCCUCCUGCCCAGGGCCACAAGGAAGCUGUUUCCAGGGAGAUGACCCUCAGUAACACGUGGAUAUUCCUCAUUCAGUCCUUCGCGUUUCUGUCAGGCUAUCUGUGGUUCCACGUCUUUCAGUAUUUUUACCAUUGCCUGUUUUAGGAACUGACUGGGACUUGCCACAUAGGAUUUCAGACUUCAUACAUGUGCAUUAUUUUACAUGUGCAAAUCUAGAUAUACAAAUCAAAAUAUAUAAAAAGCAAAGGAAAUUCAGAUGGAUGGAUUACUGUUUAUCCCCUUUGGGAUAUUUUAAAACUCUGCUACAAAGAGGAUCAGUAAUACAAUGAUGUGCUAAUAUAUUUUAAGAACUUUCGUAUUUUAAAGAGAUACACUCUACCAUAUGUUUAUGCAAGCAUCACACUGGGAGAAGAGGAAGUCAUAAAAUCAUCCCAGAAGACUCCGAAAGAAACUGUCACCACCAGAUGCCCUUGGUCAUGCCCGUCCAGAAGCUGUGUUCCUCUUUACAAGGGCAGAGUGUCACAGUAUUGAUGUGCCCACCACCAUGCUGAGGUACUGGUCACCUUGGAGAGCUGGCGUGCGGGCCUGAGGAGUGGCCUCCUUACCUAGCAAGCUGCAGUCCCCACCCCUGACUGAGGUGCGGCACUGGCACUCCGUGAGGAGCAGUGUCCACUGUGCACCUGCAGCACUGUGUCCCUGGAAAGGCCAGCUCAGCCCGUAACGUGUUUACAUGUGCUAGUGCACUCCCUUCUGUCGGGGAGGGGACACCCACUUUCUCUUUUUGUAUAGAAGGCACAUCAUAGAAUGAUAAUUGUAUUUUAUAAAAUGCACUUUUAUCAGAUGCAAAUAUAGCAAAGGCUAGCAACGUAGCCUGAAGCCAAGGGCAGCCUCACCAUGGGCAGGCUCACCAUGGGCAGCCUCACCAUGGGCAGGCUCCCAGGAGGCUUCCUGUCUGCGCUUGCCCGUGAUGUGCUCCAGCACCACCUGCAUUGGGCACCUCCCCCAGUCUGACAUAGUAGCACCAAAUGUAUUUGGGGGUAGUUAAAGCAAAUUAAUGUAAACCAUUUAAAUGGCCAGUUUAAGGGAAAUAGACUAGCUUAUUAGGAAAUAAAAGGUAGAACCAGACAUUGGCUUGCAGUAUUGGCAAGACCUCCUGUGGCCCCCAGAAUCUGUGCAGACAUCAUUUUGUUUUGUCAUUAUGUCAAGUAAAUGCCCUUCUCAGGGUGGCAGGACCAGGAGACAGCAGCUCAAUACACUUCCUAGCUUCUUCCAGUUGUUUUUGAAGAGGACAAAGUCAAGCAAGUUUUUGUUCAUUUCUAGAAAACUUUUAAAUUUUUGUCAUUGUGUUCAUAUACUUACCUCAUAGGAGAGCCAAACUGUGUAAGAAGUGCAGGCACUGCACCAGUGUUGGGACAGAGCGUGGGUUUGGUUUAGGAUGGUAAAAUUCCCAAACUUGAAUAUGUCAGCAGUAGUUUUUUGUGGCAUGACCACUGUAGAUUCCCCCAUUGUUACUAACAGCACAAAUAAUAAUUCUGAGAAAUAGGCUGUAAAACAAAAAUUAAAGACUAAUGUUUUCUGCUUUCAAAUAAACCAAAAGAGGAAAAGAUGUGGAUUUUCCCUAGUUGUAGAGGAAAGGUUGACCAACACCAAAUAAAAGCCCACAGCAGCUUCAUGUUUAGCAAACCCAGAGCAUGUGUGGAAGAGAAUGACAUGUUACUUGAAAGACCUCACUAGUCCCACACCCCUGCUGUUAAGCUGCAGAAGACAUUGGGUUUGGUAGCAGUUGUUAUGAAAACGGCUGUCUUGGAACCUAAGCAUUUUACUCUGGUUUGCAGGGACAGUGAAUAGGUGAAGAAAGCAGAGAGGUGCCAUUUGGUGCUUCUGCUUGAGGCAGGAAAGACUCUUCUGGUGCAGGAUAGAUUGAAUUGAGACAUUAGUUGUCAUCUAGGGGAGGAGUUGUUCACUGUCCAGUAUAGCAUGCAGUCCUGGCUAGCAGACCAUUUCAUCAUCGCAAAGCCAGCCAGUUCCGUGCAGACAGAAACGUGACUCUGGCCUACUUGUACCGCCGCUGUGCUCCAAAGGAAGAUGACCGUUGAGUAUACUGUACCUGUCAAAGCCACCCCCUAAGAUGUGUUACUUUCAAAUGCAGUUUCAUUUCCAAGUCUCCAGAGUGACAAAUAACUAUAGAUCUGUGACCUAACUUUUGAUAAUAGACAUGAGCUGUAAAUAGACAUAUACUUGAUCUGUCCUACACUCUUCAGUUCUUUCAGCAUGUCUUCUGUGUGCAAAAUAUGUUUGAGAGUAUUGACAGAGCUUCCCUAUCAGUAACUGGAGUCCACCUGCUUGUACUAGGGAGUGUGAAGAGAGAGUAGGGGUUCUUUAUGGCAAUCUGGGAAAGCCGAAAUAUGCCACUGUAGAGAACUGAAUAAAAUUCCCCGUUUGUACUUAGUAUAUAAAGUGGGAUAAAGGAAGCUAAUGUGUUAAGUCGGGCAAAGAGAUUACAGCCAUGCCAGUUUACACCAACAUUCUUUAGAGCUGCAGCUUUUUGCUUUCAGCUGGGCUGCCUGGCUUCCUGCAGACAGGCUGGGCGACUCACUGCUAUAGUCCUUAGACCACAGGGUAGACCAAGCAGCAGUUCACCCUGCCCAACUUCAGAAAUGUGCACACAGCAGAGAAGCCUGUAAGCAAUGGAAGCGAAGGAAGGCCAGAGUGGGGUGAGGCUGGAAGAUAGACAAGUUAGAUGAGGAUUUAAUAAAGUAUGAAAAGGGUAGCUGUGGAUUCAGAUCUGUCAUGUAUGAGUUUUUGGUAUGACAACUCUUAAAUUCUUACAGCAAGAAACUAGGGAUUGCUGAAUAGGUAGUCAAUUACAGGGUAGCUAAUCCAGUAUUAAAUCAUAGGAAGCCAAAAAUUAAAUUUUGUGUAGGAAUUUCUGACAACCAGCAGGAAGAGGAUACACCAAAGCCAGCACACCCCAGGGGCUGGAAAGGCAUCCCUGAACAAGACAGUUGGUGCAGCGGGAAUUGUUCCAGAGAAGGAGUCUUCAGUCACCAGGGUGGGCCUCUGAUGUGGUCGUAAUGCCACUGUUUGGAUCAGUGGUGGGCAUGCCGCUUCAUUCAUGGCCAUGGGUGUGGCUCCCUUCUCAUUAACUUGUCUUAGUGAUGUGUUUUGACAAUCUGUAGACUAAAGACUCUUUAUCAACUUAGGUCCUGGGUGUAGUCACAGAAAGUAGUCUUUGAUUGUAGGUGGUCUUCUGUAUCCCGUUUAUGUUUUGUUUGCACUACUGAACAGGAGGGGUUAGCUGAUAUUUUUCCGGUUUUUCAUCCUUUUCUGUGAAGUCCCUGCACAAUAGUGAACACAGGAUUUCCCUCCAGAGUUACCAGUACAAAAAGUGUAUCAGUGCUGGUCCACAAAGGGUGGAUAAUAACGGUGUCUUCUAUGGGAUUUUGUCCUGCAAGUCAUGUAAGCCUUCUGUCUGCAGGCAGGAGGAUCAGAGGAGCUCUGAGUCACAGUCAUGCUAGCACACGUCAUGAUGGGGAGAGACUAAUGUGUUUGGGACCAAAACCACCCAAGUUGGAAAUUUCUGGAUCACAAAGGAGCCUGGCAUACCCUGAAGCCGUCACUGGUUGGUGCUGUCUGGCGGCCGUGCUGCACCAGCCCUCAGUAGUUACAAAGUGGGCUCUGAGAGUAUGCUGCGGGUUCUGAGCUGGUGGGGACUAUGGCCAUGGUCAGGUGAAAGAUACAAUCUGGGGCUUUCUGCAGAAAUUCCAUCUGAGGAUUUUUACAUGUAAUAUUUUUUUAAAAGUCUAAAGAGCAAAAAAAUGUAUAGUUGCAAAGUAUGCAAACGCUUUGGAUGACUUUAUUUUUAUUAUGUAAACUGUUGAACACGACUGUGGUGUACAAACUCUUUACAUGUAAGGAGUCCAUGCACUUUACAGUAACCUUUGUGAUUCGGUAAUGAGACAGUUAUACAUCCAACUGCCAUUAUUUUUUAUUAAGUGCUUUCUUUUUCUUUACAAUUAUUACAAAGUUGUAUUUAUUUUCUACAGAUGGAUUUUUGUUUUCAUGAUGCUGUAAUGUUUACUUCAGCUUGUUGAGCUUUCUUUGUGAUCUGCAUGUCACUAUGUGUGUUUUAAGAAUGACUGUAAAGGCUGUGGUAACUGUCAUUCACUUUUGUAAAGGGCUGGUCACACGUGGAUCUGGUUUCUGAAUGCAUUGGAUGAUUUUGCCAGAUCACCUUUUCAGAAAUUUAAAUAUUGUGAAUACCAAAAGAAGCAUUUUCUCAGCAAAAAUUAAUAGCUGGUUCUAUUUUUUUUUUAAUGUAGAGAAAAUAAAGUUGAAUUUUUUUCCCCAAAACAAUGCUUUUAAUUCUUAAUAGUAGGGUGGGUGUCUGUGCUGUCCUGGAGUUGCUCAGCGCCUGCUGCUGCGGCUUAUGCCUGGAGCUCAGCAUCCAAUGGCCUGGCCUGUGAGAAAACCAUCCGGCUCCUCCCAGGACUUAAAAGAUUUGCCUUCCUCCAGUCUUACCAUGUGGUGUGUUCUGGCAAAUGUUGAGCAGUCCUCUCUCUUGGAAAGAAUUAUGUAUGUAAGUGCACAUACAUAUGUGAUAAAUUUUACUGAUAGCAGAUAUUUUAAGCAAUUAGCAAAUGAUAAAAUGUAAAUAAUUGAUUUUUAUAAUAUGAUUGUCAUUGUAUUGAACCCUUAGAGCCAACCUGAAUAUCAACCAUGAUUUGAUUGAUGGCAAUAUGUCCUGAUACACUAACCAUCUAUCUCCACACACACUAUCAUUUAGUCUAGUGUAUGGCUCAUUGCUAAACUCUUAGCCUCCUUGUAGCUUCAGCAUUAAUUGGGAGUUUAGAUAAUUUAUUUUUAAUUAUAUCAGCACCCUAAAAUGAAAUGAUCAGAAGCCAGGAGGUGGUGUGGCUCACACCUUUAAUCCCAGCACUCAGGAGGCAGAGGCAGGCAGAUCUAUGUGAGUUCAAGGCCAGCCUGGUCUACAGAGUGAGUUCCAGGACAGCCAGGGCUGUUACACAGAGAAACCCUGUCUCAAAAAAACCAAAAACAAAAGCAAAUUAAAUGAUAAGCUCUUGGAGGCAAGUCUGAGCUACCUUCAUCACACCACUGUCCUGGUCCUUUUAUGUUUUGAUUUGAUUUAUUAACAUUGAAUAAAAUUCAUAGAAUUGAUUUACUUAUUGGUCCAAGAAAAAUCCUAUCCUUGACACUUGCAGGUUUUAAAGUGUGGGGAAAAGUUCCGAAAUCAACAUGACCAAGUAGCUUCUGAUUGUGAGGAGUCUGGGGACAGCAAGGUUUUCAGGAAGCACAGCGGCGGCCAGCUCUCCUUGUUUCUCAGAGCUGAGUAAAUGUGGUAUGCCUAUCCCCACCAAAAAAAAAAACCAAAAAAAAAAAACCGGUUUGUUUGUUUUUUAACAUUAAGAACAUUGAUGGUUUAGUGUCUUGUUUGUAAAAUACCUUUGACCCCAAUGAAAACUUUUAAUGUAUGAAAAUGUCUCGCACAAUCCUACCAAAUAAGUUAAAUCGUAUGGUUCAGUCUACCUCUUCUUUUCCUGGAUUUAGGCUGCUGGUUGGGUGGGGCAGCAGUUUUAUUUCCCCUCUGAAGUACUUUAUGUGGAAGACAACAGACUGGGGGACUGAGGCCUGAAAGCAGAUUAGAGGCUCUUUGAGAUCUGUUGCUGACCAGCCCUGUUCCCCAUGAGUUGGGGAAAAGCCAUUGUUUUUAAUUCCCACUUAAUAUGAAAAUGUUUGUUUUAAAAAUUGUUUCUUGCUGGUGAAAAAUGUAUUUUUAAAAGGAAAAACCAAAUCCUCUUUUGGUCUGAGGAGUCAGCUGUAUGAGCAGGUGUGACCGUAUCAUAACAUGCUGAUGUCAUAGAAAUCAAUAAAUUUUUACCUCUCAGGA